AUGUCAUGUUUUUUUUUUACAGGAAAAUUACUAACCUUUGGUACGAUAGGGCUGUGCCUCAUACUGUUUGGUCUACUGGUUAUAGUUAUAAACCCCAUUACAGUAGUCAAAAACCAUAGGACAAAGUUGAGCAAUGGCUCGGAGAUCUACCAUCUGCUGGAGGUCCGGGACUCCCCCGGGAUAAAGAUAGCUGUGUACUUGUUCAAUGUCACCAACACACAUGAGUUCCUAUCUGGCCAGGACACCAAGCUGAAGGUGGAAGAAACUAUGGCAUCGAUGAUCACGACGUAUCCAUAUUUCACCCGACUGGCGUUCAGUCUGCUGCUGACUCAUCUCAACACGAAGGCCAUAGUCAACCAGACCGCUGAGGAGUUUCUGUGGGGAUACGAUGAGCCACUCAUCAAGUUAGGGAAUACGGUACUACCGGGUUGGAUCAGUUUCAACACCCUAGGUUUGCUGGAUAGGCUCUACGACAAAAAUGUCGAAUAUCAAAUCGAGGUUAAAACCAACAGUGACGAAAGAUUCAAAAUCAAAUCUAUGAACUCCGUACCGGGACUCAAAGCUUGGGAGUAUGAGGAACCCAAUCGCAGGUCAAACUGCAACACUUUCACUGACGUGUAUGAAGGCAUCGGUUAUCCCAUCGACUUUCCUAGGGGUGCUCCUGUCAAGAUCUUCAGAAACGUACUCUGCCGCUUCUUACCUCUCGAGUAUCAGGGCGUGAAGACCUACGAACACGGAGUUCAGGGACACUCGUACAGGAUCAGAGAAGAUGCCUACAGUUACAACAAUGAUACAGAAUGUCUAUGUUCGGGAGGUAUUUGCAUAGAUGGAGUGUCUGAUUUGUCGCCUUGUUUUUACAAAUUACCUCUUGCUAUAUCAAACGCACAUUUCCUCUAUGCUGACCCAUCACUGUAUUCACGCGUCGAAGGUAUCAAGCCAGAUGAAAAGAAACACGGCAGUGAAUUCGUUAUUGAGCCAAAACUCGGCAUGGCAUUAGAGACUAAAUUCUCAGUUCAAGUCAACAUCGUAGUGAAACAUAUUGACUUCAAUACUGAGACAGGACGCUUCUCCGACAUGGUGGUGCCUGUAUGUCACUUUAAAAUGAUGCAACUAGAACUCAACGACCAACAUAAACACGAUUUGAAGUUGCUGUAUCUGGUGGUACCGUAUGCCCUGUGGGGGAGCGUGGCUGUGGUCAUCCUCGUUGGCUUUUUCCUUGUGGGAUAUAGCAUCCAUCUGUUCCUGUGUGACUGGAUAUACUCCAGAGCGAUAAUAUUUCAGACCCCUGAAGGUGGCAAAGUACAUGUGAUACCUUCGGCUGUGCCUUUGCUGUCAUUAUGA